AUGGAGAUUAGGCAAGAAGAAAGCAUGGAAGUGGAGCAUGAUAAACCAGGGGGUGGUCCAAACACUUCUGAGAAAAUGGUGACGUGGAUCAAGGCACCUAUCCAUGAUCCCGUGUCUGGUGAUAUGUUGUUUGGAGGAGCAUCCCUCAAUGGAGAAAGCUUGCUGGUUAAAGAGGUGGCAUUGGUCGAAGAAAAUGGGUGUGAUGUUUUGGUCCUAGUGCAGUAUAUGUAUCAGAGGUCUGAUCAGUCCAAAAUGGCCCAUGGGAGAGUUUUAGAGAAAGGUUGUGACACUUUCUUAGGGAAUGCCGCAAAUCCAAAGGAAGUGUUCUUGAAAGAGAACUGCAUAGAUUUCAUGCUAGAGAAUGUGAAGAGAAAGGUAAAACUAGACUUGAGGUUGAAUCCUUACAAAACGGAUGAGUCUGCUGAAUUUUUUUGUAGGAAUGUUUAUCUGAAGGAAAAAGGGGCCUUUUUAAGGAUUCAGAAGAAAGAACUUGAGCAACGGAUAGGGAAGUGUUCAGUUUGCAGAAAGAUAGAGGCUUUGGUUCCUCAAAAGUUAGAGAGAGGAGAGUAUGUGUAUGUAAAGGCUAUGUUUUUGGGGAAAGAUGACAUUAAAAUAACACAUGUGGUGUGUGAGGUUUUGAAUGUUGAUGAACGGUGGGUGGAAGUGAGAAGGUUUUACAGGCCUGAGGACAUUUCUGCCGAGACUUCUUACGAGGCAGACCUUAGAGAAGUGCGAGUUGGAUUCACCAAUUGGGCAUUUGAGCAUGAUGAAAAUGCAGCCAAAAGCUUCAAACUCAAUCAUCCUAACACUGAGGUUUUCUCUGUUAAUUGUGCUGUGAUGCUGAGAAAUCUAAUGGAGAUGAGUGGAAGUAUUCAUUAUUGCAUCUCUGACACUAAAUCUGUUUCACUGGGUAUGAAACUAAGCAAGGACCAAGAGAAGAAGCUGCCAUUUUGGGGUGAAGUACAGUUAAUCAUUGGGAGCCUUCCCGAGGUGACAGAUGGAAAGGACUUGAUUAACGAGCAUGAAUGGAAUAGGGCCACAACGCUUCUAUCCUAUGUUGAUUUUUUGCGACCCAAUUUCUUUUUGCUUGCGAGUGACAAGAAAUUGGUGACUCUCCCCACUAAUCAGAUCUUUCGUUUAACUUUUAAGACACUCUUGCAACUGGGUUAUCAGGUGAGGUAUGGUAUCAUAGAAGCCGGAUGUCAUGGUGUUCCCCAAGCUGGAAGGAAGUCUUUUAUAGUUGCAGCUUAUUAUGAUGAAAUCUUACCUGAAUGGCCGGAGCCAAUGCAUGUUUCCUUGUGCACUAAUUGUGAUAUUGGUGCCCCAUUUCGCUCAAUAACUAUCAAGGACUCCAUUGGUGAUCUAAUGCUUUGUCUGGAUUGGGAUCUCGAAGAAGGCUUUUUAUAUUUUAAAAAUCAACCUGUUUCAUGGUUCCAAAGCAUCAUUCGGGGAAACCAGAAGGUCUUGAAAGAUCAUGUAGAAUUGAAUUCAAAAUGGGUUGAUUUGAAUUGGGUGAGAAACAAAUUAUUCAAAGAGGAUUUGGAUCUUAAUUUGAAUUUGGUGAGAAAGCAAUUAUUCAAAGAGGAACACGAGAAAAUACAGGGGCUCUUUGGAAAGUUGGAUUGGCUAGGUAAGUUCCCAAGCGCUAGUCCUCAUCCCAAGCCCAUUGGAAAGCUGGGAACUUGGUCUCAUCCAGGCCAUAACAGACCUCUCACUGUACGUGAAUGCGCACGUGCUCAAGGAUUUUCGGAUAGCUUCAUAUUUUGUGGUGAUGACAUUCAUGAAAAGCAUCAACAAAUUGCGAGCUCAGUUUCUCCAGUUGUGGCUAUGGCCCUCGGCAAGAAACUACUCGAAGCUGUCCAAGCCAAACGCAAACAAUCUUCAUCUUGAAGUUUUAUAUUUUCUCUCUCUCUCUCUCUCUCUCUCUGU